GAACACUUUCCAAUAGAUGAAACAAAAAAAAUAGAACUUUUAUUUAGGCAAGCUAUUGAAGAACAAAAUUAUUUAAUAUAUUUUAUUAAAGCUUAUACAUUAACUAAUAAUUUUCGUCAUAUUCUUAAUAAACAUCUAGCAUUAUAUAUAUUAGAUUAUUUUGAUAUAUCUUCCUAUUCUUCUUCACCAACACGAUACCGUUUAAUUAAUUGUUUAGUACAUAUUGUUACAUUAUUAAUAAAUCACCCAAAUCUACAUAAAUAUCAAUAUAAAGGUAUUGCAUAUCGUGGUUUAUUAAUGAACGAAAAUGAUUUAAAAGAUUAUAUUAUUGGAAAUCAUAUAUUAAAUCGAUCAUUUGUAUCAACAUCGAAAAAUCGUAAAAUUGCUCAAGUAUUUGCUGAUAAUAAUCAACAAACUUUAACUGAAGUAUCUGUUUUAUUAAAAUAUACAAUUAAAUUAAAUCAAACAGCUAUUGAUAUUGAAGACAUAUCAACGAUACAAGAUGAAGAAGAAGUGUUAAUAUUACCAUUUUCAGUAUUUAAAAUUAAAAAUAAAAUUGAAAAUCGUCCAAAUACGUGUUCGCCAAUGUUAGUUGAAAUUGAUUUAGAAGAAUGUGAAGAUAAUGAACAAAUAAAUCAUGAAAACAAGAACAUACCACUGCGUGGGAGUUUGACGGAUAUUCAUCCAAAUGCCAAAUGGAACAACAAUGGACAAACGGUAGCAGGACAAAAUCCGCCACUCUCUAAGCCCCAAGGUUUAUAUGUGGAUGAUGAUCAAACUGUUUAUGUCGCUGAUUAUGGAAAUCAUCGUAUUGUGGCAUGGAAAUCUGGUGAAACAAAUGGACAAGUAGUGGUUGGUGAACAUGGACAAGGAAACGAUGCUCAUCAAUUGGAUAGACCAACAGAUGUGAUUGUGGAUAAAGAGAGAGAUAGUCUCAUUAUUUGCGAUCGCGGGAAUAAAAGAGUAGUUCGAUGGCCUCGUCAAAAUGGAACAAGUGGAGAAACAAUUAUUUCGAAUAUCUCUUGUAUAGGUUUAACAAUGGACGAAAAUGGAUCUCUGUAUGUCACUGAUUGGGAUAAAGAUGAAGUAAGACGAUAUCGAAUGGGUGAAUCUCAAGGAACAGUAGUGGCAGGUGGAAAUGGACAAGGACAUGGUCUCAAUCAGCUCAGUUGGCCCUCCUACAUAUUCGUCAAUCGAGAACAUUCAGUGUUCGUCUCUGAUUUUUACAAUCACCGUGUGAUGAAAUGGAUACAAGGUGCAAAAAUAGGUAGUGUUGUCGCUAGUGGUCAAGGACAAGAAAAUUAUCGGACACAAUUGCGUCAUCCUAAGGGAAUCCUAGUUGAUCAAUUGGGUACUGUUUAUGUGGCUGAUGAAUAUUAUCAUCGAAUUAUUCGUUGGCCUAAAAAAGCAAAAGAAGGAAAUGUUAUUGUUGGUGGAAAUGGUUAUGGAGCACAAGCUAAUCAACUCUAUUCACCCAAGGGAUUGUCAUUUGAUCGGCAUGGUGAUCUCUAUGUUGUCGAUGAAGGAAACAAUAGAGUACAACGAUUUACAAUUGAAAUGCCAUCGAAUUAA